GUGCUUUUUGACCUUCGGUAGCUACCGUAGCUAGCGCUCACAACAUGCUGCUGAAGUGAAGUUGUCGUUCCAAACAGUUAGCUUGAUCUAAAAGCUUCAUUUUUGGUAGCGUUGUAGAUUGCGAGGUUUUGUGAAAUAUCUAGAGAUAGAUAGAUGGACAUAGUUUUUUUUAUUGCCGAUUAAAUUAGUAGGCUUGUUGAAAGUGACUUGGCUAGCUAACGUUAGCUCAUUGCCACAGUCACAGAGCUAGCUAGCUAGCUAACUAACACAUCCUGCUAACGUUACUGUUAGCUAGUUAACGAGGUCAGGGCGACACUUCUGACUGUCUCCCUUUGACAUGACAUUUAUUAUUUUGCAAUGUUAACUAUAUUGACAAAGGUUCAGAGCCGAGGAUGGUUUGUCCAAGAGAUAAGCCGAAUAUUUGCACACGUUUGCUUUAGGAACGAGGUGAAUUGCAGCUGGUUGAUAGGGCUCAGAAGCCACUUGGCAGCACAGAGGAAAACAACUGGAAUCAGGAAUGUCACCACGUCCUCUGCACUGUGCGCCAAACCUAGAGGAAAUUCCCAAAAGAAAGAACUGUCAGAAAAAAAAUUGACUCGCCACUUUGUGGACCACCGCAAUGUGAAGCUACUGGCUGGAGCAGGUGGGAAAGGAGCCUGCACCUUCCAUAGUGAGCCCCGGAAAGAGUGGGGUGGACCGGACGGAGGGAAUGGAGGAGACGGGGGGAACAUAAUCAUCAAAGUCGAACGGCAGGUGAAGUCCCUGGCGCAGGUCACCCCCGUUUACAAAGGAGACGAUGGCGACUCAGGAGGCAGUAAGAACUGCUACGGACGCAACGCCAGCACAACCUACAUCGCUGUGCCAGUGGGCACGGUGGUGAAGGAGCAUGGGAAGACGGUGGCAGACCUCUCCCAGCACGGCCAGGAGUACGUGGCUGUGUUUGGAGGGGCGGGGGGAAAGGGGAACCGCUUCUUCCUGUCCAAUGAGAACCGUGCCCCCAUGACGGCCACCCCGGGAGAGAGAGGCCAGGAGAGGGUCCUCCAGCUGGAGCUGCGUACCAUGGCCCACGCCGGACUGGUUGGGUUUCCUAAUGCAGGGAAGUCUUCUCUUCUAAGGGCCAUCUCCAAUGCCAGGCCUGCUGUGGCUGCCUACCCCUUCACCACCCUCAACCCCCACGUGGGCAUUGUUAAGUACAGGGACCAUGAGCAAGUGGCAGUGGCUGACAUCCCUGGUAUCAUCCGUGGGGCACAUCUGAACCGAGGCCUGGGGAUCUCCUUCCUGCGCCACAUUGAGCGCUGUCGCUUCCUGCUCUUCGUCCUGGACCUGUCCUCCCCAGAACCCUGGACCCAGCUCCAGCACCUGCGUUUCGAGCUGGACCAGUACGAACCCGGACUCUCCCACCGGCCCCACGCUAUUGUGGCCAACAAAAUGGACCUGCCUGGGGCACGGGGGAACAUAGAGGCCCUCAGGGGCCACGUGGCCCAGAGGGUGAUCCCUGUGUCAGCCCUCACAGGCCAGAACACAGAGGAGCUGAUCAUCCACCUCAGGGAGCUGUAUGAUGUCUACCUGCAGACCCAGGGACAGGGCAGUGGGGAGGACAAGCCCACCAGGUGGUAGGUCAGCCGGGGAAAAGGAGUGAAAGACUUCCAUGCCUUUUCCUUUUCCUCACUGUUUAGCACCUACCAAAUGUAGUUUGUUCAAAUUAUAGGACUAAAUAAAUAUUUAUAUAACUAUGGUAUUUAUUUAUGAUUUAAUAAAUGUGUUUAAUUAAA